AUGAACGGUCAAAAUUCGUACCGAUCUUUCCCAAUUAAUGCGCCCAAGGAAUUUCGACAAGUGCUUUUAACCGAAAGCGGUAGCAAUCACGAUGAACAGAGGCAUCUUUUUUUGCCAUACAAAUCAAAG